AUGGUUUCGCAGUUGGAAAAUGCAAUGGAUGCCCUUAUCAAAGUGUUCCACAGAUACUCUUCCAGGGAGGGGAACAAAUACAAACUGAGUAACACUGAGCUGAAAGAUCUUAUACGAGAAGAGCUAAGUGACUUCUUGGCUGCAAGUAAAGAUCCACUGGUCGUGGAGAAGAUAAUGAAUGAUCUGGAUGAGAAUCGGGAUGGGGAAGUGGACUUCCAGGAAUUUGUAGUUCUGGUGGCAGCACUAACUGUAGCAUGUAAUGACUUCUUUAUUCAGAGUAUGGAAAAGUGA